UAAACCUGGUUCAGGCGCGAAAACCCCUGGUUCAGAAUCGGGUGGAGAUCGGGAUGAGCGCGCAAGAGUGUAUGCAGAAGCCCACAUGCACGACACUGGGAAGGCUCAAACACACAUCGCAACCGCUGCAGCCACACAUACACACGGACUAGAGAAUACACAUAUACAUACGUCUCAUAGUACAGGACGGGAGCAUAUACACAAACAAAUGUCUAAUAGUAUGGAACAGGAUCAUAUACACAAACGUAUGCCUAAUAAUAUGGGGAAGGAUAGACACAAACACUUGUCUGAUGAUACGGAUAUGCACACUGAUGUACAAUCAAGCAUCCAAGGAGAGUCACAGACGCACAGCUGCUCGUUGGAAGGUAUGCGCAUACAGAUGGCCUCCGAUGUACAGGCACCGGCGGAUACUUCCGGCCUAAUCGGUGAACUGAUUUGCCCAGAGAGUGGGGCGAGUGCGCAACGAGACGAUCCGAUUGGCUCAGAGCCGCGCUGUGCAGGCGAUGUGAUUGGCGGAGGGGUGCGCGAUUCGCACCCGGGUACGAAUGUGAUUGGCGGAGAGGACUGGCACCGGAAUGCCGGCAACGAGGCCAAGGACGACCCGUGCGUGAACAGUCUUGUGGGGACGACGAUUGUCAGAGACACAGCUGGCCAAAAGAUUGGGCCACGGAGUCCCUUACCACUGAGUGAUAAGCCCAUCCACGUGCACCAGGAAGGGCCCGGAGGGCUUAAAUCGUCACAUGAGAAAAUAACGCUCACACCCGAGAUGUCCUAUGGGCCUGGCCGUGUACACACCGUGGGGCAGACUAGCACCGCGUCAUACUCAGACUAUGUGUAUGCACGAGAAGACCCACUAAAGCGUACGACAUCGGAUACAAAUGCCACAGAUACUAGGACUGUGGGUGUCGCAAAGGGACAGGACAUGCAUGGCUCGUCGCGAGUGGGAUACGCUUUUACGUUCACACACGCUAAGGCUGAUAGAGAGGGUUUAGGGGUAGAUACACUGGGGCCGAACAAAGCAUCACUUGGUAUACCUAUGCGUUCGGGGACGGAUACACACCCGCACACACCCACACACACCCACACACACACACAUGGGAGUAGUGAUACCCAUACACAGAGGAGGUCGUCGCGGAAUUCGGCGGAUGAAGGAUCGCACAGACAAAGUCGAAUUAAUAGGAUGGCCAGCAAACACUCGAAUGUCAG